AUGGUUACAUAUUUAUUAUCAAAACAUCAUACAGAAACUGAUGGUAUGUUUGACGAUAUUUUAACUUAUGAAAGAUUAUAUAAAAUGCGUACAACCCUUUAUGGCUCAAAUAAACAAACCUCCUCAAGCAAUUCAAAUUUAUUCAUUAAAGCUAGUGCUCAAAAAAAUGAAAAAAAUAACUCAAGUCUAGAACCGAAGCAAACCUUAAUCAAACGUUGUUUUAAUUGCUAUAGUACUGCACAUACUAUUAUUAAUUGUCCAGAACCUAAACGGAAGCCGGGGUCAUGCUUCAAGUGUGGAUCUACAGAACAUCAACAACGAGAUUGUAAGAUGAAAAUUAACAAAACAAGUCGAGGCACCAGCGAGGACUCAACAAUGAUGAUUGAAAUCGAUGAGGCAAGUAAUCCACCGUUUAUGCUUGGUAUUGAUGUCAUGUGUGAGACAACUCGUUGGACCACAGAUGCGCUGAUUGAUACAGGUAGUCCAAUUUCUAUUAUUAAGGAAAAUGCUGUUCCUAAAGAUGUAAUUGUUAUCCCUCCUAGUUCUAAACUUUCUGGUAUUAAUAAAAGUCCAUUAAAAGUAUUAGGUGUUAUUAAUACAAAAGUAUCUGUAAACAAUUUACCAGUAGAUUUAAAUAUCAUAUUUUAUGUUGUUGAUAAUAAUACUAUGAAUUAUAAUUGUUUGUUAGGAAGAAAUUUUGUUAAUAACAAUUUAAUCAAAUUAACAUUUGAUAAAAACUUGUUCAUUGAAAAAAAUGAUUCUUAUAAUGAAUUUAUUGUUGAUGAUAUCAUGUUAAUUGAUACUGGUGUGUCAAAUUCAUUACAAUUAGAUAUUAAUAGUGACUUAUGUGCUGAUAUGCAAGAACAGGUUAAAGUAAUAUUUGAUAAACAUUAUACUAAUGCAGUAAGGCCUAUAGAGAAAAAAUUUCAAUAUGAAAUGGAGGUAAAGUUAACUAAAGAUCACACACCUAUUUAUUUUCAACCUAGGCGAAUGUCUUAUAGUGAUAAAGAAAAACUUAAAGUAAUAAUUGAUGAAUUAUUAACAAAUAAAAUCAUAAGACCUAGUUUUUCUCCGUAUUGUUCUCCUAUUGUACUAGUUAAAAAGAAAAAUGGUAACCUUAGACUCUGUGUAGACUUCAGGGAAUUAAAUAAAGUAACAAUUAAAGAUAGAUUUCCAUUACCAUUAAUUGAUGACCACCUUGAUAUGUUAAAAGAUAAAAAAUAUUUUACUAGAUUAGACUUAAAAAAUGCUUUUUAUCAUGUUAAAGUACACAAUGACUCUGUUAAGUAUUUAUCAUUUGUAACUCCUAUGGGUCAAUUCGAAUAUACUUGUAUGCCUUUUGGAUUUUGUAACAGCCCUGCAAUAUUUAUGCGUUAUAUUAAUAAUAUUUUUUAUUCUUUGGUCAAUUCUAAUAAAAUUUUGAUCUAUUUGGAUGAUAUUCUUAUAAGUACUGAAACAAUAGAUGAGAAUAUUAGCAUAUUAAUUGAAGUAUUUGAUAUUAUGACUGAAAAUCACCUUCAAUUAAGAUUAGACAAAUGUUCGUUUUUACAGACUAAAAUUCAUUAUUUAGGCUAUGAGAUUAGUCAUAAAGGUAUCACACCUAAUCCAGAUAAUGUUGAUGCUAUACAUAGUUUUCCUAUACCUAAAAAUGUAAAAGAAGUUCAUAGUUUUUUAGGGCUAGCCAGUUACUUCAGGCGGUUCGUUAAAAAUUUUUCUAUUAUUGCUAAACCCUUAUAUGAUUUAUUAAAAAAAAAUCAAGACUUUGUUUUUGGGGAGGAUCAAUUGUCAACAUUUGAAAAAAUCAAAUCAUUUUUAACAUCUCCACCAGUUCUGUGUCUUUAUUCACCAUUAUUAGAAACAGAAUUACACUGUGAUGCUAGCCAAUUAGGAUUCGGUUCAGUUUUGGUUCAGAAACAGAAACAUGACAAUACCUUCCAUCCAGUAUUUUAUUUUAGUAAACGCACCACUGAGUGUGAAACAAGAUAUCACAGCUAUGAGCUAGAGUGUUUGGCAAUAAUUUAUGCUCUUAAAAGAUUUCAUAUUUAUUUACAAGGUAUGCCUUUUACAAUUGUAACUGAUUGUGAUAGUCUUAGACUUACACUAAAUAAAAAGGAUAUUUGUCCUCGUAUAAUGCGUUGGGCAUUAUUUCUUCAAAGUUAUGAUUAUAAAGUAGUACAUCGCCCUAAUAAACAAAUGUGUCAUGUAGAUGCAUUAAGUAGAGUGCAAAACAUAUUAAUAUUGGAAGCAAAUACAUUCGAACAGGUAUUAUCUAUUAAACAAUCAACAGACCCUCAAAUUUAG